AUGCCAAUUCAAACUGCCCUCACUCAGGCUCUUGGUAUAAGAGUACCUGUUGUACAAGGUGGAAUGAUGUGGGUAGGACUACCAAAACUAGUAGCAGCCGUUUCAAAUGCAGGAGGCCUAGGUAUCCUAACCGGUCUAACCCAACCGACGCCCGAAAAACUAAGAGAAGCGAUCCACGAAACACGUCGAUUGACCAACAAACCAUUCGGUGUAAACCUAACGUUCUUACCAUCUAUCAAUCCACCACCAUACCAAGACUAUGCAACGAUAAUUUUAGAAGAGAAUGUUAAGAUAUGUGAAACGGCUGGAGGUCCGAGUGCGGUACCGAUCAUUAAACGCUUGAGAGAUUCGAAUGUGUUUGUGAUUCAUAAGUGUGUGAGUAUUAAACAUGCUUUGACGGCUAUUAGAGUGGGUGUGAAUAUGUUAUCCAUUGAUGGAUUCGAAUGUGCUGGUCAUCCUGGUGAAGAUGAUAUUGGUGGAGUGGUUCUACUUGCUCGGGCUGCUCAAUCACUUAAUAUACCAUUUAUAGCAUCAGGUGGUUUUGCCAAUGGAAGAGGCUUAGCAGGAGCCAUAGCAUUAGGAGCAUCAGGAGUGAAUAUGGGAACGGCCUUCAUGGUCACUGAAGAAGCGGAAAUCCAUCAAAACAUUAAAGAAGAGAUGAUCAGAGCCGACGAACGUCAAACGAUUCAUAUCUUUCGUUCGUUUGGUAAUACGGCUAGGGUUUAUAAAAACUCGGUGGCUUUGGAAGUCGUGAAGAUGGAAAAUAGACCAGGUGGUUGUAAAUUUGAAGAAAUCGCUCAUCUUGUUUCUGGACUUAGAGGUAAAAAGGUUUAUGAAACUGGAGAUCUUCAUGCAGGGAUUUGGACUUGUGGUAUAAGUGUUGGAUUAUUAACCAAGAUUCAAACUUGUGAAUCGUUUAUGAAUGAAGUGGAAAAAGAUGCAGAAGAGAUUAUUUAUCGGAUGAAUCAAAUGUUGGUGAAGUCUAAAUUAUGA